AUGGACGGGAAAUUUGGUGGGUUUGUUAUUGAUCUUAAUGAGACACCGUUGUCUUCUCCUCGCGAAACGAUUUUGGAUGACAACGACGACGUUGUGAUAAUUGAACGGCCUCCAGCGCCGGCUGUGGGGCUGGUUGAGGUGGGGAAGAGGAAUGGAGCUGCUGCGGCAGCUGGUGGUGGUCCUUCGGUGGUGUGUGUAGGGUGUGGAGAUGGGUUUAAAGGUAAGAUUGUGGGGAAUACUGAGGAGAUGAAGAAUUGGAAGUGUUUCAAGUGUUUGCUUAGAAAUGGCAGCGGAAGCACCCGUGGCCGAGGUAGUGGUGGUGGUGGAGGUGGAGGAGGUAGAAGGGUGGGACUAUUGGAUAUAAAUGCCUCGCCUCCGAGGGAGGCGGAGGUGGAGGCAGAGGGGGUUCACGUGGGCCCUGGUGUUGAUACGGCAGCUGCCUUGGCGAGGCGAGGUGGCGGGGACAGGAGUCACGGCGGCAAAGUGCAGGUUAUUGGUCACUCUUCCUAUUCUGCCCGUCCAAUAAAUCUUUUUUCAGCAUUUUCAAAUAUGUUGCCUCCUGAGAAAAGAUAUCAUCUUCAGAAGGCCCCACAGAUCCCAGCAGAUAUUGGUAAAUCAGGUACAGGUGAUCUAGUGAAUCAUGGUGGACUUUCUGAUACAAACUCGAAUAGGAAUAGUCCAGGAUUCACAUGUGAAGGGAUACUUCAGGGCAGUCAUUCUACAUCAACAAAUUAUCUUCCUCAGAGUCCAAAUGACAUCUAUCUUCAGGGUCUUAGAGAAUACGUUGCUGAAAAAAAAGGUGUCUUAGGUGAAGGUUGGCGUGUGGAAUUUGAGUUUUGCGAUAAAAGGCUGAAAACUUUUGCCGUUUACAUUGCCCCAAAAGGAAGUAGGUUUGAAUCAAUCUCUGAUGUUGCAGAACAUCUGGGUUUGCCCUCAAAUUCUCAUCUUCCACAAUCUGAGAAUGCAGAAAAUGGGUUGGUUCCUCUCCAGAAUGGAUCUCAUCUUUAUCAAAGAAGGAAGGAAUCAUCAGGGGACACGAAAUCUAGCAACUCUCGACCUCGUUCAAGUAUUCCGAAGAGCAGCAGCUUGCUGAGCGUGAACACUUGCCUGGAUGGAUUGCCUUUGCAGUUUGAGGACUUUUAUCUUAUAACAGCAGGCGUCAUUGAUUCACGUCCAACUUACCACAAUGCUAACCAGAUCUGGCCUGUAGGUUACAGAUCUAGCUGGCAUGAUAAGGUCACUGGGUCCCUCUUUUUAUUUGAGGUUAGAGAUGGUGGUGAUUCUGGACCGGUAUUUAUGGUUCAAAGAUAUCCAUGCUCGACACAGUCAAUCCCUGUUGGUUCAACAGUCCUCACCAGGCCAAAGUUCAGCUCUUGGAAUGGGGAAGGCACUGCUGGGAAAGAUGAUUUGGGAACAUUUGGUACUAUUGAUGACGAGAGUGUUUCAAUUCACAUGAUGCUGACAGAAAGUAGCCCACCUCAUCUGGAUGCUGAUAUCUCUUCUAAGAAGAUGGGGAGUCAAGGGCUUGAUGCUCAGAAGGCAAAUCUCUCCUCACCUGAUUCUUUUUCUCAAAAAUCUGGAGACUUGGUGUCCAAUUUACUUGGAGAUAGGGACAGCAUUGGUGAAUUUAAUGUGGAAGGAAGAUCGAUAUCUUAUGUAUGGGACAUGGUCUCUGAAACUUUUCUGCAUGCUUGCCAUGAAGCAUAUAAGCAAAAAGGCACAAUUCGGUUUGGAUGUGAUCAUGAAUAUUAUAGAGGCCAAGUAAAAAAUCUGGACAAUCCAGAUGCUUUAUCAAAGUAUUCUCAUUUUGCUGGCCCUGUUGUCAUGCCAUAUUUAAUUCAGAGGGAUACUGAGUUUGACUCCACUUGUCAAUUGAUUGCAAAGUGGUUGGAACAGGAAAGAUUUGGACUUAAUGAGGAAUUUGUGCAGGAGAUCAUAGAACAGCUUCCAGGUGUUAGUGGCUGUUUAGAAUAUAAGCCUUUGACUAAACGCAAGCAUCAUUCAACACAACAAACGGUCAGGAGUGGGUUCCUCCAGGCUAAAAGGAAGAGUGAUGCACACAGUCAGAUGGAAUCGGAUAGUUACUAUAUAAACUUAAUAAGACCCGGAAGGCAGCCAAAGUACUCAGCAUUAAGAGGUCAAUUUCCUCAAGGCAAGCCACUUUGCUCGAAACUUCCUGCUUAUUUGAUAGGUGAUGCUCUACAGACUUGGGAAUUCUUUUGGCGUUUCUUUGAAGUUUUAGAGCUGCAAGAAGCUUUCACUUUCCAGGAACUUGAAGCGGAAUUGAUUAAUCCAUGGCUUGAUGUGCCAAAUCUGUCAGAAAAAUCAGGCAAUGUAAUUCGUGGUUCUGGAGAUGGCUCUUCUAGAAGGGAGAGUGAAGUCUCACGAGUCAGAGCCUAUACUGGUUCUUACAGAUGUACUGGCAUUGUAUUGUCCAAGAUUCACAGCUCAUUACUGAAAGUGCUUGUAGGCGAGCUGCUUUCAAAAGUUGCUGUGUACGUGGAUCCUAAGUUUGAUGCUGGAGAACCUAGAUCAAGACGAGGCAGGAAAAAAGAUGCAGAGUAUACAGCUUUGUUCAUGAAAAUGAAGCUUGAUAUGAUGCCUAUCAACAGUCUUACUUGGCCUGAAAUUGCACGGAGAUUCAUUUUGGCAGUGUUAUCGAUGGAGGGUAACCUUGAUUCAGCAGAGAUUGCUUGCCGUGAGAGUGGCAAAGUUUUCCAUUGCCUGCGAGGUGAUGGUGGAACUCUUUGUGGCUCUCUAACAGGGGUUGCAGCAUUGGAGGCAGAUGCAGUUCUUCUUGCAGAGGCAACAAGGCAAAUAUUUGGUUCACUGACAGCUAAAGGUGAGGCAAUGUGCACGGAUGCAUAUAAAUCUGAUGCAGUGGGUGCUUCAAAAACAGUGGAGAUGGAUACUGAUGAAGUCCCUGAAUGGGCACAAGUGCUUGAGCCUGUGAGAAAGCUUCCCACAAAUGUUGGAGCUCGAAUUAGGAGGUGUGUCAACGAAGCUUUGCUGCGGAAUCCACCUGAAUGGGCAAAGAAGAUAUUGGAGCAUUCUAUAAGCAAGGAAGUCUAUAAAGGAAAUGCAUCAGGGCCAACAAAGAGAGCAGUUAUCUCAGUGCUGGAUGAUGUCAAUCGCGAGAAACCACAGCAAAAACCUGAGAAGAAAGAAAAGAUGAAGACCUUUAACAAUAUGCCUGAUCUUAUUAUGAAACAAUGUCGGAUUGUGCUAAGGCAAGCUGCAGCAGCAGACGAAGAUAGAGUCUUUUGCAAUCUGCUGGGGAAAACAUUGUUGAAUCCUAAUGAUAAUGACGACGAGGGACUUCUUGGUUAUCCUACAAUGGUUUCUCGUCCUUUGGAUUUUAGGACUAUUGAUUUGAGAUUGGCUGCUGGGGCCUAUGGGGGAUCUCAUGAAGCUUUUGCUGACGAUGUUCGAGAGGUUUGGCAUAAUAUACACACUGCAUAUAAAGGACAAAGCGAUUUGAUUGAUCUAGCUGAAACAUUAUCCCAGCAAUUUGAAGAUCUAUAUGAGAAAGAGGUUCUCAACCUUAUUCAGAAAACUAUGGUGCUUGCUGGCAUUCAGCCUACAAGCAGUGAAUCUGAUAAUCAGAGAGAUGAGAUGCUUGCAUCUGUGAGUGAGAGCUCACUUCCCAAAGCUCCUUGGGAGGAGGGGAUCUGUAAAGUUUGUGGCAUGGAUAAAGAUGAUGACAAUGUACUAUUGUGUGAUAGUUGUGAUUCUGAGUAUCAUACUUAUUGCUUGAAUCCUCCACUUGUAAGAAUUCCUGAGGGAAACUGGUAUUGCCCUUCUUGUAUUGCUGGUCAAUCCAUGUCUAACAGUGCUCCUUAUGGCACUCAAGUUGUAAACCGAUAUGGAAGAAGAAUACACCAGAGGAAAUAUUUACACCCGAUUUUGGAGAUGCUGGCUCAACUGGCAAAUACCAUGGAACUAAAGGACUACUGGGAGUUUAGUGUUGAGGAGAGAAUUUCGCUUUUGAAGUUCUUGUGUGAUGAGGCAUUGAAUUCAGCCAUCAUUUGUGACCAUAUUGAACGAAGCAGCACUAGAUUUGGUGAUUUACAGCAGAAAUUGCGUUCCCUCAAUUCUGAACGGAAACUUUUGAAAUUCAAGGAAGAAAAUUUGGUUGCAAACAUGGCAAAGACAAAGGGCCAUGUGCAGGGUGGAAGUGGAGAAUCGGAGUUGAAUGAGAUGGCAUCUCUGCCUGCUGACGAUGGGAAAUUUAAGGCACAGUUGACUAAUAGCAGCAAGGUUUCACCCUUUGGUAGCUUAAUUAAGAUGGAGGAUGGUCAACAGGCCAAAGAUCAAAGUGAUUAUAGUUCAACAAGCAUGUUGGAGAAGCAAUAUCCUACCGUAAACACUCAAGUUUCAAAGGCUUCUCUUGCAGUUAAUCAACUACGAGGUCAGCCUUCUGGAAUAGAUCUUAUUCAAUCAAGCUAUAUUAAAGGAUCUAAGUGCAAGAAUGAGUUGGCAACGUCUAUUCAACAAAAAGAUGAUCAAAGUGAAGACAAUGGUGGGACUAAUAUUGAUGAAUCCCAGGAGUUGGGAUGUGGUAGUUCCAGUGUUUCAAUUCUAUCUACAGGUCAGCUAAUGCCAGAAAACAAAUUGUCUGCCACAUCGAGUGAACAUGCAUUCGUGCAUAUGCCUUCCUCUCCGGUUCACCAGUGUUCUACCCAUGCCAAUGAUGGUCUUUCACAAGAGUGCGAUGCUCAAUUGAGCAACCUUAAGAGCGAGAUAACUCGUUUGCAGGACUCAAUAGAUACACUUGAGUCGGAACUCCUCAGGACAUCUGUAAGGAAGGAAUUCUUGGGAAGGGAUGCUGAUGGCAGACUCUAUUGGGGUUUUGGCAGGCCCAGUGCUUGUCCACAGAUAUUGGUCAAUGCGAGUUUGAAAGCAGAACAGGUGGUUGAACCAAAGAGUUUCUUCCAUAACUUUAAUUCAUGGAUGUCUUAUAGUGCUGGCACUGAUGUUGAAGAACUCAUGAAUUGGCUGGAUGAUGGAGACACAAGGGAGAGAGAAUUGAAAGAAGCUAUUUUACAGUGGCAAGGUAAUAAAUCCAUGGACAGCAGUCAUCCUGACAAUGAUAUCCUGGAUGGAGGACCGGUCAUUUCCAAUAACAUAUCUAGUGCAGGAAAAGCUAGAGAUUCUGAUUUUCUAGUCACGAAAGCUGUGAGUGCAAUGGAAAAAUGUUUUGGUCCUUGCUUGGAGAUAUGGACUAACGAUAUGCAUAAUAAUCUUCAGAAAAGUAGAUCUCCUGACGAAGGUAGAAUGUACAGGUGCGAGUGCUUGGAAUUGAUAUGGCCUUCUAGGAACCAUUGCUUCUCAUGUCACAGGACAUUUCCUAAUAGUGAAGAACUUACAGAGCAUGCUGGUGAAAAAUGCAAAACCUUUUCUACUCUUUGUCCAAGUAGCCAGAUAAGUGAACAAUCCUCAAAGCAUAAAAAUAUGUUGAGGAAUGAAAAGUCAGCAGAGAAAUGCUCUGGCAGUAUGAGCACUAGUUUGACAUCUUUGAGCGAGAAAUAUGGUAAUGGAUCUAGUUUCCUUGAUCAUUCACUGGAACCAGAGUGCCCAUUUAAUUUUCAGGAGAUUUUGUCAAAAUUCAAAGUUGAAAAUUCACUUACAGAAUUGGUAAAGGAAAUAGGAUUAAUUGGUUCCAAUGGUGUUGUAUCCUUUGUGCCUGGUAAAUCUCCUUAUCUUGAUGACGCUUCACUGACCUUGGCCCCAACAACUGAUAAUGCAAUUGGCCUAGGAGAUGUACCUUCAGUAUCAGAAAGUCAGCAGCAGCAAUCUGACCAUGGAGCUAAUACUGGGGUGAGUGCAAAUGAAAUUUCAGGUUAUCUGCAAGGCAGCAAACUUGACAAGCGUGAGGGCGUAGGAAAACCUGAGUUUGCAAAACCCAUGCUUCUAAGUCAAAGGGGUCAAUCUGCUUCUACAAAGGAAAGAAACUCAGUGCUUGGCAUAUAUAAGAGAUGUGUGAUUCGUGAAUCCUCAUUGAUUCCAAAAGUAGGCAAAGCUUCUGAAAUUCUUAGGUGUCUGAAAAUUAACUUGCUUGACAUGGAUGCUGCUCUCCCUGAUGCUUCUCUCAGGGCAUCAAGAUCACACUCAAACAGAAGAUGUGCCUGGCGAACAUUUGUAAAAUCUGCCAAGAGCUUAUAUGAGAUGGUUCAAGCUACAAUCGUACUUGAGGACACAAUCAAAACGGAAUACCUAAGAAAUGACUGGUGGUACUGGUCGUCCCCUUCAGCUGCAGCUAAUAUUUCAACUCUCUCUGCACUUGCUCUUCGCAUAUACUCCUUGGAUUCUGCAAUAUUAUAUGAGAAACCUACUUUGACUCAUGACCCAAUGGAAACAACUCUUGAUUGCAAAUCCGAGAAGGAAGCUCUGCAAAGUUCAGGCCCAACUAAUAACUUGAAGCCUAGCAAUCAGCUGAUGCAAAAGAUGCCUGAUUCAGAUUCUGGAGAGAAUUCAAAACCAAGGACCAGAGCAAGCAAGCGAAGGAGAGAUUCUGGAGUUUAAUUUUCGAUAUGUACCUUCCUCUCUUUAGGAGAGCGAAGGUAGUCUGAGCAGAGUUUAUUCCAUUGGCAUGGUGGACUCCAAUGUGCUUAAGCCUCUCUCUAUUGGUGUUCGGCAAGGUACUAAGAGCUCUUUAUCUGGUCACUGAUUUGACUACAAUCUGAGAGUAACUGGUUUCUGGUGGAUAGCCUGCAAAUUAUCAGGCAUCCUUGUGCAGCUAUUCGUUUGUUGCUAAUUUAUUCUGAGAAGCAAAGAAACUUCAUGGCCUUGCUCUCCCUGGUCUGCUGGGUAAAGAUGUCUACCACGACAGAGAACUUGGAGCAAGCUCGGACGGAUUUUUGCUCAGAAUUGUGUUCUGGCUGCCCUUUUACAAGGUAGAUCAAGUUUUGCAUAGUGGAAGUACAAAUUAGGCAAAGCGAGAUGUUUUCAUAUAAACAAAACAGUCAAAGAAACGAGGCAUAGGAAACAAGUCAACGUCGUCAUGUACAUAGAUAGGAAACUGAGCAGGUGUAGGUUUGUGUAUAUAUUGAGAGAGAUUUCAUCAUCUUACGUGUCCUAUUGAGAGACUGGAACUAAUUAUUUCGCAUUCGCUAAUAGAAAGAAG